ACCCGCCGCCGCCAUUUUGGAGCGAUCUCGCCCGCGGCCCCGAGCCGGUCCCGAGCGGGUCCCGAACCUCCCGCCGGCUGCGCCCGAGUCCGAAGGCGCCGCGCCGCGGGGCCGGGCCCAUGUGCGUGCGGCCCGCUCCAGGCCGUCCGCACUUCACCUCUGCGAGCGUCCUGGCCUCCCUCGGGCCUCGGAAGAGUCGCCGCGACCCCCCCAGCCUGCGGGGCAGGUAAACCAGGCAAAACUCUUCCCUGAAUAAAAACACCUUUUUAAAAGUUGCAUAUAUACAAAAGAAAAAACCCAAAUGCUUUUUAUUUUGCCUGAAUACAAGAUUUAAACAAGGUAUUGCCAUAGAAGGCUCUACCACAGAGCAUUCUAUUGGACUCUUUCAUGGAACUAUAGGAUCACAUGGGCAACACCUGUGUUUGAAUCUUACCCUCUGUCUUCCGAUUCUGUCACCCUGGGAAAUAAGAAGCAGAACUUGAGGCUCCUCUCCUUCCUUCACUGCUGGGAUCAAUGUCCAGGGCCAAGGCAGUUUUAUUUGUAUGGAUUUCUGUUUACUGCUGCGCUAUAGAGGUUGCAGAAUCCCUUAAGCUCUGGGACCGCCAUCAUGUUCUGGAAAUUUGACUUGAACACCACGUCCCACGUUGACAAGCUCCUUGACAAGGAACAUGUGACACUGCAGGAGUUAAUGGAUGAAGAUGACAUCUUGCAAGAGUGUAAGGCUCAGAACCAGAAGCUGCUGGACUUCCUGUGCAGGCAGCAGUGUAUGGAGGAGCUGGUGAACCUCAUCACACAGGACCCACCCCAGGACAUGGAAGAGAAGAUAUCCAAACACAGCCUGUGAGCUUCUGACUUGUGAUGUGCCACAGAUCAGCGACAGACUAGGCGAGGACGAGAGUCUGCUGAACCUUCUGUAUGACUUCCUGGACCAGGAGCCGCCACUCAACCCUCUGCUUGCCAGUUUUUUCAGCAAAACCAUUGGCAAUCUUAUUGCAAGGAAAACUGAACAGGUGAUGGUGUUCUUGAAGAAGAAGGACAAGUUCAUCAGUCUGAUACUGAAGCACAUAGGCACCUCAGCUCUCAUGGACCUGCUGCUGCGCCUGGUCAGCUGUGUGGAGCCCGUUGGUCUCCGGCAGGAGGUCCUACAUUGGCUUAAUGAAGAGAAAGUCAUCCAGAGACUUGUGGAAUUGAUCCACCCUCACCAGGAUGAAGAUAGACAGUCAAAUGCUUCUCAGGCGCUCUGUGACAUCAUCAGGCUGGGCAGAGACCAGGGCAGUCAGCUGCAGGAGACUGUGGAGCCAGACCCCCUCCUCAUAGCACUGGAGUCGCAGGACUGUGUGGAGCAGCUUCUGAAGAACAUGUUUGAUGGGGAUCAGACGGAGAGCUGCCUGGUCAGUGGGAUGCAGGUGCUGCUUGCCUUGCUGGAGCCAAGGCGUGUUGGAACAGAAGGCUUGGUGGACUCCUUUUCUCAGGGACUGGAAAGGUCGUACUCUGUCAGCAGCAGCAUCCUACGUGGCAUCGAACCAUGGCUGAAGAAUUUCCAUCAGCUCCUACUCAACCCACCAAAGAAAAAAGCAAUCCUGACCACUAUUGGUGUGCUGGAGGAGCCCCUGGGGAAUGCUCGUCUUCAUGGUGCACGCCUCAUGGCUGCACUGCUGCACACAAACACACCCAGCAUCAACCAGGAGCUCUGCCGACUCAACACCAUGGACUUACUGCUGGACUUGUUUUUUAAGUACACCUGGAAUAACUUUUUGCACUUCCAAGUGGAACUAUGCAUAGCCGCUAUUCUUUCCCAUGCUGCUCCGGAGGAACAGGCAGAAGCUAGUGGAUCAGAUGGCACGGUGGAGCUUCUGCAGGGGAGUGGAGAUGGGAAUGGGAAGCUGGAGACUGCCCCAUCCAUCACCAGCCCUCCUGAGAACAUGAUGGUGACCCAUCUGUUCCAGAAGUGCUGCCUGGUACAGAGGAUCCUGGAAGCCUGGGAAGCCAAUGACCACACACAGGCAGCAGGUGGCAUGAGACGUGGGAAUAUGGGCCACCUCACACGGAUCGCCAAUGCAGUUGUACAGAACCUGGAGCAGGGCCCGGUGCAGACCCACAUCAGUGAAGUCAUCCGAGGGCUCCCUGCAGAUUGCCGUGGACGCUGGGAGAGCUUUGUGGAAGAGACGCUGAUGGAGACCAACCGCAGGAACACUGUGGACCUGGUGAGCACUCACCACCUUCACUCCUCAAGUGAGGACGAGGACAUUGAGGGGACUUUCCCUAACGAGCUGUCCCUUCAGCAGGCCUUCUCUGAGUACCAGAUCCAGCAGAUGACAGCAAACUUUGUGGAUCAGUUUGGCUUCAAUGAUGAGGAAUUUGCAGACCAGGAUGACAACAUCAAUGCCCCAUUUGACCGGAUUGCAGAGAUCAACUUCAACAUCGAAGCCGAUGAGGACAGUCCCAGUGCAGCUCUGUUUGAAGCCUGCUGCAGUGAUCGGAUCCAGCCCUUCGAUGAUGAUGAAGAGGAGGACAUCUGGGAAGAUGAGGAGACUCGAUGCACUGCCCGGGUGAUGGCCAGAGCCAGGUUUGGAGUCCCUCAUGUCUCGGAUAAUUACUCAAAGAAUGCCUUGGAACAUGGAGGCCAGGACAGGAAGACUGGCUCAGCAGCAGCUAGGAACGUGCCUGGAUUGGCCACUCCCUCAUCCCCUACACAGAAAGAAGGUCCUCUCUCAGAGAGCGAUUCAGCAGGUACUACAUGGACAGCAGUUUUUGACGAGCCAGUGAACCCACUGUCUGCAGCCCCAGGAGCUGCGAGGGAUGUGGGUUCUAGUGCGUGGGCAGCCGGUCCUUCAGUUGCAGAGGAGAAAGGCUGGGCCAAAUUCACUGACUUCCAGCCUUUCUGCUGCUCUGAGACAGGGCCCCGGUGCAGCUCUCCUGUGGACAUGGACCACAGCAAUGCUGAGGAUGGCCAGAGUCCAGGCCCAGAGAAAGCCUUUGGUCCUACCUCGCCUUGUGCCUGGAAUGCCUGUGUCACUAGGAAGGCCCCACUGGUAGUGUCUGACAGCAGCUCCUCUGGGGGAUCGGACAGUGAAGACGAUGAGAAGGCAACGGGAGCUGUGAAUGCUGUGUGCAUAGGCCACACUGGAAAGGCCUCCCUGCCACCCAGGAUAGCGGAGGCCGUUGCUGGCAGGGCUGAGUGUCCUGACAGUACGGUGUUAGCCCCUGCCUGCCCUGCACCUUCAGAAGUGACCGUCAGUCCUGCUAUGGCUACCAUAGCACCAAGCAAGGCAGGCUCUCCCAUGGCCACCAUAGUGGUCUCUUCCUCAGUGACUACUGCAGUGCCCCCGGGACCGAUCACGGCUGUAACCACAGCAGCCCCAGCCAUAGUUGCCACCCUGGGGACAAUGACAAAGGACAGGAAGACAGAUGCCCUGCCAGAAGGAGCUGCCUUAAAUGGUCCUGUGUAACUGCUGCCACCCAGCUAUGGCCCGCCCUGGUCAGGCUGCUUCCUUAAUCAAGAAAACUACCUGGUGAUGCAAUUUCUUUUUAAUUUAACUUUAAAAUAAAUGCUGCAUUUGGUAAAGCUGGCAGUGGAGCAGUGGAACCAGUUGGAUGACCCAACUCAUGUCUCUCCUGCCUGCCCUUGGUCCUGUUGGAAGACAGGAUGUACCUGGCCACUCCCCGGUCCAGGUCAUGGUAUGGCAACGAGGUCCCCGACAUGCAGCUUCUACCUGCAGAAGUUGGGGAGGGAACAAGAUCUUAAGGUGCCAGCAUCAGAUGGGCAGGAAGGGUGAGUCUCCAGGCUUGGGUUUCAUCUGUAUUUUUUAACGCGUGGAGGAAAAGCCGUUUUUUGCACUUUGUACCCAGCCACAGUACAGGGUCUCCCUCGGCUCAGGGCAGAUGUAAAGGCCUGGGUUGGAGAGACCUGAUCCCCACUAAUAAUAAUAAUACAUGGGGAUCUGGCACUAGUUUGGCCACAUGAGGUCAAACCCCAGUUCUAGCUGCCCAGAGGCUCCUGGGAGCUGGCAUUGAAUCAGGCUAUAAAUUUUGACUGCCUUAAAAACAAAAGACCCUCUGGACCUGAUGGAGUUGUCUCUGUGCUCAACAGGGCAGACUGGCAGACUUGGGUGGGUGCUGGAGCUGCAUCAGACAUGUAAGAGUGGACACCGGAGGAGAGCACUGGGAGGCUUGGAGACAGGGCGGGCCCAUAUUGUCCAGGAAGAGUCUAAAAGUCUAUGUUGUCUUUUUUUUUUUUUUAAAUGUUCUGACCUUCUGACAGGGCAUCCAACCCCCAAUAAAAAGUAUCAUUCUUACUGA